CCUAGGACGCGCUCUCUCUCUGUCUCUCCGCCCUUUAAGAAUAGUAGGCCAACCCGUUUCAUUUUCUUUCUUCUUCGGUUGUCUCUCUCUCGCCCUCCACAGAAAAAUCUGCGCCUCUGUUCAAAGCCCGGAAGUCACCUUCAAGGCGGUUGCUCAGAGGUUGCAGAUUUAGAUCGGGAAAGAUGAAUGGGUUUGCAGCAUAUCAACAGAAGACCUACGCAGCAGCAGCCUGUGGAGAGAUGAGAGGACCCACCUUCUCUCUCAACGACUCCGUCGUUUGCCCUAAACCUCGACGACUUGGCUUCUUCAAUACCUCCAUCAACGACCACAUCAGACCUUCAAGAUGUCACAUGAACUGUCACCAAACGGAGAUCUGUGACUCGAGAGCAAGGACGGAGCUCCUGGACAUCAUUCUCACUGAGGGAAGUUACAGUGCAGAAAAACCCAAUAAUUUUCAUGUGGCUUCAUCGCCGCCAUUCUUUUGUGGGUCUCCUCCGAGCAGGGCAUCAAACCCUGUAAUCCAAGACAGGCAUUUUGGUAGCAACGAGAUCAGUCCGCUAGCACCUCCACCCAUCAUCACAGCAUCUCCAAACCUGGCUUCUCGUAAAGGAGGGGCAUGUGUGCCGAUGAAAUUCGGGCAGAAGCCGGCUGCAGUGAGAAUCGAAGGUUUUGAUUGCUUAGGCCGUGAUCGCCAACAUCGCAGCAUCUCUGCUGUAGCAUAGAAACAAGUCCAACUUGAGACCUCACAUGCAGCAAUUGGAGGUAACAACGGAGGUAAUGGGGGAAGAGAGGAACUAUCCUUAUUUAGUCUUUUGUAUAUAAAGAGUCAAAUGGUUCAUCAUUUGUGGAGUUUUGAGUUAAAUCAAAAUAUGUAUGUAUGUAUAUGUAUAUUUAUUGAGGUGAUGAGAGCUGUUGAUCCAAUAAAUAAAGAGAAGGUGAACUACUCUCUCUUUGUUGGGAAUUUUUUUUUUUUUUUGUUAGGGUUGGAGUCUUUGUAAGACUCUUCUUCGCUAUUGUCCUUCAUUGUAUUUGUAAAUUGGAAGGCAAGGAAGAAAUGGUCUUUUUGAAAUUCGGAGUUGGUUGUAUUAAAUUGUCGAUUUCUAGCCCUUGAUUAUAAUUUUGUAUAGAAGCAAUAUAGGUGCAUGUAUAUAUGUGUGUAUAUAUGUAUAUUUUUAUAUAUAUAUAUUCUUAAAGUUUGUGAUA